UAUGACAGAGUGGUGUACAUCCAGUUUGACAGUGCCGUGGGGGCAUUUGUGGCUGUGACCAAGAUGGAACACCCUGCCAAGAUUUGGAACAUCCAGAGGGAGUUCCUGGGACUGAGACAGAGCGCGGUGGACUUGCUGUGCAGACAGACACACAUGGACAACGGUUUCACCCUGAAGCACAGAGUCCAACCUAAAGUGAACGUCUCCCCCUCCAAGAAAGAGCCCUUGCAAGCACACCACCUGCUCGUCUGCCAUGUGACUGAUUUCUAUCCAGGCCACGUGCAAGUCCGCUGGUUCCUGAAUGGACAGAAGAAGACAGCUGGGCUUGUGUCCAUCCACCUGAUCAAUGGUGGAGACUGGACCUCCCAGCUCCUGGUGAUGCUGGAAAUGACCCGUCAGCAGGGAGACGUCUACCCCUGCCACGUGGAGCACCCCAGUCUGGACAGACCUGUCACCGUGAAGUGA